AUGGUUCCCCUCGUCCGCAUCCCCAUCGACAAGAACUGGUCCUUCCGCCAGGCCGACGACCCCAAAUCGCAAUAUCUCCCUGUGUCCCAGUUCCCGACCAAUGUCCACCUCGACCUCUUACACCACGGUCUGAUCCCCGAUCCCUUCAUUGGCAAAAAUGAGCUUGUAGUUCAAUGGAUCGGCGAGGAACGUUGGGCCUACCGGACCACGUUUGCGGGCCAAAAGGUCCCUGAGGGCGCGAAGGCCGUGUUGGCAUUUGACGGGCUGGAUACAUUUGCUACGGUCAUGCUCAAUGGGACCACGGUUCUGGAGUCGAAUAAUAUGUUCCUGCCCUAUAGGGUCGAUGUGACGGAGACGCUGAGGCAGGAGGGGGAGAAUGAGCUGGUCAUUACGUUUGACAGUGCGUACUUGAGGGGUUGGAAGCUGGUUGAGAGAUAUCCUGAGCAUAAGUGGGGGUGCUGGAAUGGCGAUAACUCGAGGUUGGCUGUAAGAAAAGCACAGUAUCACUGGGGCUGGGACUGGGGUCCGACCCUCCUUACCUGCGGCCCCUGGCGCCCCGUCCAUCUCGAAAUCUACCAUGCCCGUCUUUCCGACGUCAACAUCGAGAGCGAAGUGGACAAGUCUCUUAGCUCAGCUACCAUCAAGGUGACUGCUUCCAUCGAGGGCUCCAACACUGGCCCUGUACGCGUGGCAAUCUCCCUCGACGGCCAACAAGUCGCGAACAACACCGUUACUGCCGAAGGUGGUUCCGCUUCGACGACCUUCAAUCUCAACUCUCCUGCCCUCUGGUAUCCCCAUCGCUACGGCGAGCAGCCGCUUUAUACCGUGACAACGACCCUCCUCUCCCCCGAUGAUUCCACAACUCCCAUCGACACGGUGUCCAAACGCAUAGGACUUCGCCGGGCCGAACUCAUUCAGCGCCCGGUCCAAGGCCAGCCCGGCACAAGUUUCUUCUUCGAAAUCAACAACAUCCCCAUCUUCUGCGGCGGCAGCGACUGGAUCCCGGCCGACAACUUCAUCCCGCGCAUCUCUCGCCAACGCUACUACGACUGGCUACGCCUGGCGGCUGAGGGCAAUCAGGUCAUGAUCCGAGUCUGGGGCGGUGGUAUCUACGAGGAACAGGCAUUCUACGAUGCCGCGGAUGAACUGGGUCUGCUCAUCUGGCAGGAUUUCAUGUUCGGCUGCGGGAACUACCCUGCCUGGCCGGAGCUGCUCGAGUCGAUUCGCCUGGAAGCCGAGGCCAACGUUAAGCGGCUCAGACACCACCCGUCCAUCGUCAUCUGGGCGGGGAACAACGAGGAUUACCAGUUCGCGGAGAGCGUCAACCUCACCUACAACUACGAAGACAAGGACCCCGAGAACUGGCUCAAGACGGACUUCCCCGCGCGCUACAUCUACGAAAAACUCCUCCCCGACGUCUGCGCCGCGCUAAUCCCCAACGUCUAUUACCACCCCGGCUCGCCCUGGGGUGCCGGCCGCGACACCCACGACCCGACCGUCGGCGACAUCCACCAAUGGAACGUCUGGCACGGCACGCAAGAAAAGUGGCAGAACUUCGACAAAUUGGCUGGUCGAUUUGUCUCCGAGUUCGGCAUGCAAGCCUUCCCCUCCGUCCGCACCAUCGACGCCUACCUGCCCAAGGGCAAAGACGAUCCGGAUCGCUACCCCCAGAGCGAGACGGUCGAUUUCCAUAACAAAGCCGAGGGCCACGAGCGCAGGAUUGCAUUGUAUCUGGUGGAGAACUUGCGGUACGGACCGGAUCCGUUGGAAGGGUUUGUCUAUGCCACGCAGCUGAUGCAGGCCGAGUGCCUUGCUUCGGCGUACAGGCUGUGGAAGAGGGAGUGGAAGGGUCCCGGGAGGGAAUACUGUGCCGGCGCGCUGGUUUGGCAGCUUAACGACUGCUGGCCGGUGACCAGCUGGUCGGUGGUGGAUUAUUACCUCCGGCCGAAGAUGGCGUGGUAUACUAUUAAGAGGGAGAUGGCACCCGUGAGCGUGGGUAUGACGAGGAGAGUGCAUAAGCAUCCCGAGGAUCGAUAUACCAGGGUGAGGGUGGAUGUGAGGACAGAGAUCGAGGUGUGGGGGUCGAACUUGACGCUUGAAGAGUUGAAGGUGGAUUGCGUUCUCAAAGCGUGGGAUGUCGUUACUGGAGAUGAGACCUACUCAGCUGUUGUGGCUGAGGACCUCACCCUCCCGGCGAACCAGUCGACCGAGAUCGCCGCGAUGGAGGUCCCCGUCCGGAAGAAGGGUGUUAACGAGGAGGGAAAGACGGUUGUGGCCGCUUACUUGGUGUCCAAGGCGGAUGGGAAACAGCUGGCAAGGUAUGUCAACUGGCCCGAGCCGUUGAAGUACGUGCACCUGCAGCGGCCUCGGGAGCUGGUUGCUUCGCUGACAAAAGGGCUGGAUGCGGUUGAGGUUAGUGCGGAGGUGCCGGUUAAGGGUGUUGCGCUCGAGAGCGAGGAUGAGGGGGUGUGGUUUGAGGAUAAUCUGGUUGAUAUCGUGCCUGGGGAGGUGGUGAGGAUUGGUGUUAAGGGGGCCAAGGAGGGGACGAAGGUUGGGGCCAGGUAUUUGGGGAUGUAA